CAAGACCCAUCUCAACCUCGCAGCAUUAGCAUCUCAAGCCAAGGCCAUUGGAAGAUGGCCCCCAAGCCCCAAGCACUCCUCCUCCUCCUACCCCUCCUCCUCCUCUCUCCUGUCACAGCCACUGAUAUUCUUGAGAUCCUUAAUCCACUUAGUGAUUAUUCUACAUUUACCAAAUACCUCAUAGAAGCUAACCUUGUUGAUGAGAUCAACCGCCGUGACAACGUCACCGUUCUUGCUGUUAAGAACUCAGAAAUAACCCCCAUUUCCUCCCUACCGGCCGACGUUCGUAAGAAUGUCAUGUUCGUCCAUGUCGUCCUCGGCUAUUAUGACCCUUAUAGUAUCAGCCACCUUCCUGAUAAGACUUCCCUUGUCCCCACCCUUUUCCAAACCACCGGCCUCGCAGCCAACCAAAAUGGGUACGUGAAGGUCACGGUGAGGCCUAUAAGGGAAAUUAUCUUUGGUUCAGCUACCCCGGGGUCUCCCCUCGAGUCCUACUUGAUCAACGUGGUUGGAACAGACUCCGACAAAGUAUCAGUCCUCCAUAUCUCCGAUCCCAUCAUCCCAUCUGGUAUUGAUGGUGCGAGAAAAACAACUGCACCUGUCACCACACCGCCAUCUGCUUCGUCUCCGGCAAAGCAGGUGACGCCUGCUUCCUCUCCGGCAAAGCAGGUGAAACCUGCACCGGCUCCUAUGGAGAAGAAGGCAGCCACCGGCCCUGCAAAUGCUCCAAAGGCAGCCACCGGCCCUGCAAAUGCUCCAAAGGCAGCCACCGGUCCUGCAAAUGCUCCAAAAGCGAGUGCAUCAUCACCAUCGACCGGGAACGUGCCCGAAGCGCCAGCUGCCCCACCUAAGGAAGCUGGGAAAGCGCCAACAUCCCCUUCUUCGGCAGGCCGAGUAGUCGUGGGUGCAACCAUGGGGCUUGCCAUGGGGGUUGUUCUCCUAGGUGUUUGCUAAUUUAACCGAGCGUGCGAGGGGUCAUGGCUUGUUUGAUUGUAAUGUCACUGGUUUGAGAUGUUAAAUUGUGGGCUUGGAAAUUAAUAAGAAUGGUUUUGGUUUCAUCAGUUA